UGUCACUAUGCUUUUGGACAAUAAAUUUUUUCUGGUUAAGCGUUUGUUACAGAAUGUGAGACAAUUCCAUAGCUCAGGAUUCAGAACAGGCUAUGAAGGACCUGGUAAAACAACAGUGAACAUUAUUAACGACACUGACGAAAAACUUUUAAUAGACAGAUGUCUUUCAAUAGGAUUUACAAUGAAUAAUAAUUCUUUAACAAUAGGUCCAAUUGCCAUAUUUCCUGAAACUGUUUUGUCUUGGAAUGUAGGUUGUACAAAGGAUAUAAAUGAAGCAAGUUUAUCCUUGUUCACUAUUCUGAAACCAACAUUGGAUAUCCUAAUUCUAGGACUUGAAAUUAAAUGCGAAUAUAAUGAAAUCAGAGAAUUGAAAAAAAUAUUAUUGAAGUACAAUAUCAAAAAUGAAAUAUUUCCAGUGCAACAAGCAUGUGGUGUGUACAAUUUUCUAGUUUCUGAAGGUAGAUAUGUUGCAGCAGGUUUAAUACCUCCAAUACAUUCAAAAAUCUUAAAACCAGAAAAAGAGAUAAAUAAAGAAUUAAUUCAAGACAAAAAACUGAUAAACUCUACUUGA